AUGAGUAACGUCUACUUUGCCUAUUCCAUCAAAAGCGACUACCAUCGCCCCGCACCGCCGCGGCGAAAAAAGUCCCGCGCCUGCGACGCCUGCGCUGUGCGCAAAACUCGCUGCGACGACGCGCGCCCUUGUCGCCACUGCAUCAACAACCGAUUGGAAUGCACCGAGAAGCGCCAGCGCAAGAAAUCGGGCCCGAAAACGCUUCGGCACAAAACUCUAGCCAGUAUCAACUCCGUCGCUGGCGGCCGCGACUCUUGGAGCCCUGCACUAGAUUUUCUACGCACGCCGCAGUCCACGCCUGUUCCCUUCGCCGUGGCGUCUUUUGGGCCGCGGGCCGCGCAGCUUCUCGCAGAACCGCCCUCUGCGCCCGCGCGUUUGGCCGUGGCGUCCUACGCCCUUCUUUUGGCGGAAACCCACGCGCGCGCAUCGGCCCGAUUGCUUGAGGCAGCGCCAAACCUGAACCCACAGGGCGAGAAGGACGGGCUGAAAAUACGACACGAUGAUUUGCAGACACACAGUGUGCAUCUCCACAAUGCGGACUCAGUUGAACUGAGCCAAGAUCCGAAAAACAGAAAUGGUUUCAGUCUUCAAGACUCCUUCAAUCAUGCCGACACAUUCAACUCCGGAAAUCCAGAGAACUACCAGAGCCAGAUCGCAGGUAUCAGAAGCGAAAUCAACGCCAACGCCGAUGUCUACAGCGCCUCUGAGCACAAGUCGCCGUCCUAUUUCUCGGUGCCAGUUUCGCGAUCGUCGUCCAGCGCCGACUCGCGCUCGUCGCCUGCCGAUAUGUCCAUGUUAGUGGCCUUAGUGGGCGAUGCGUAUUCGCUGUGUGCGCUAGACAAUCUUGGCGAGCUUUCGGACGAGGCGCUUUAUCUUCUCUCGUGCGCCGAGCUUCACAUGUUCGGCGUGCACUCGCUUCGGCGCGCCCGCCCGCGCCUCGCCCACUUGCGGGCGGCCAUUUCGCAUGCCCAAGCGCUCGCGCCUCCUUUUGACAGCCGCGCCGCCGAGUUGCGGUGUGCGCUCUAUGUGUGCGAGCGGCAUGCUCUUAUUUUCGACGGCUCGCUUUUCAACAGCGCCCUUGUGUCGGGCGGCGCGCUUGUGUCGGUGCCGCUGCCUCUCCCGCCGCAAAUCCACCCGGUGUCUUUUGCCUAUGCGCGCAUGCUUUCUGCGCUCGACCUGCUUGGUCUGGCAGAACUGGCCAGUAUGAUCUCGCCCAAUUUCGUGUCUUUGUCGCCGAAUCCCAUGUCGCCAAAUCCCAUAUCGCCGAAUCCCAUGUCUCCAAACGCCUUGCCUUCCAACCCCUCGGUGGCCCCCAACUUGAUUUCGCCCCUACACUCGUCCAAUUUCUUCGCCCCAGAUGCUGUCGACCCGCUUCGCUGGGAGUGGCGCCCUUCGCUGCUGCCACAACACAUAAAAUACACUGUGGCCCGUGCUCGCCUCGACGAGAGCGUCUUUUCUGGCGCCCAUCCGGUGGCCCAUUUGCUUCAUCAAGUGCUUGCAGGCCGCGUGCUUCUUCGAUUUUCGGGCGAGGUGGCUCGCACAUUUUUUGCCCACGAGUUGCUUGCGGUGAUGGCGAGCGUGGUUACGAUUUUGGCUCCAAACAACCAAAACGACUCGGCAGAAGGACCGCUGUUGGGGGCGGCCGUGGCGCUUUUCGCCCUCGUGCCCCAAUUUUUGGCGUUUUUGCGGGCCUACUUACUCGUGGCGCCGGAACAGCUUGCGCCUGAGGCAGUGGACAUUCUCCUUGGCAUAUCCAAAACUGUGUCUAUGUACAUGGCGCCAGAAUGGCAUCGUAUUUUGCUGGAACCAACUUUGCACGAGUGGUUUGCGCAAUUGGUGGGGCCCGACGAUGUGCUGUUUCUUGAUGGAAUGGCCGAGUAG